AUGCCUGGCGUUCCGUCAAACAAAGCAUGCGAUCAGUGUAAAAAACGCCACAUCAAAUGUGACGAAACCCGCCCAGGCUGUCAAAAGUGCGCUGCUGCGGGAAUCGAUUGCCCUGGCUACUCUCAGGAUCGAAAGUUCAUUGACGAAGGCGCAACUGUGCGUCGCCGAUAUACGCCAUAUCGUAGAGGCGUGGCCAGACAGUCAUCGAAUAGAGCUGCGGAGGCAUAUGAAAGUCUGGGAAGUUCGAAUGAAGUGACAGACGAAGAUGCUGCGAUAAGCAGCCUGGCUCCAAACCCAUUGGUUCAGACGGCAACAGGGUUCGGCUCCGCAACCGAGGAACAUGACACAACGCCUCGCGAUAUGAAUAGCAAUCAACCUGGGCCCAACGAGCCUCAAAUAAUUUCUCAACUAGGCUCAAAUUACCCUGGAGGUUCCAGUAGUGCUGUGCAGGAUUCUCUAAGUUCUACCAACCAACUAAACCAUACAAACAUAAUCAACAAUCCGAUGCCAUACGAGAAUGCUUUCGAUUUUCAAUGGAAUAUGAAUCUAGUACCAGAUCUUCUUCCACAAUCGACUACGCCGCUGGUGUCUUCUCAAAGUGGAAACGAGAUGAACAGUUUUUACUCAGAACUAAUGAUGAACAGCGAAAGAGAAGUGACUUUUCUCACCAGGCACUAUGCUGAGUGCAUUGGACCUUGGUUUGAUUUACACGACUCUGAGAGGUUCUUCACACUAUACUGUCCAAGCAGAGCACGACAUGUCCCAUUCAUACAGCACGCAAUUUCAGCAGUCUCUGCAAAGCAUCUAGGCCGAAUCAAUGGCAUCAAGCCAUCGACUGGCUUGAAUGUCAAUCCAGCAAUUACACAAACUUAUCCAAAUACGGCCGGAGUUGAUUGGUCUUUCAAGGCCAGUAAUUACUACUUUCAAUCAAUAUCGUACUUGAUGCAGACGAUCACGGGAAACGUCGAUCUCCAACAGAUUGAUGUCUCGGCCUCUCCUAUUCAGAUACUAUGUCAUAUCCUAGGACUUGAUAUAACAAGAACGGAUAAGAGACAACCGGUUAUUUCGACUGCCACGUUAGUGAAUUGGGACGAUAUUUUGUGCGGUGCCGUGUUACUAACAGCGUAUGACAUUCUUGAUGCUCAGGGCCCUGAUUGGGAAGCUCGAUUGCUUGGCGUUCAGGUCCUGUUAGAAUGCUCCAUCUUACUACCUAACCAGCAGCCUCGCCCCGUGAUAUCCCAUGCAGUGCGUGCCUCUUUCUGGACCCUUGCAUGCUUUGACUACCUCGCAUCAUAUGUAAACCGAAGACGACCACGCAUCGACCCGUCUAAUCUGGAUCUAUUUCGAGCCAUAGGGCUGCACAUUGAUAACAAUGGAAAGCUGCAACUGGAGAUGAUCGAUCGUACAAUACCCUCACACCGAGACGAAACUUUUUCUCACAGCCUGACCUUUCUCAUGCUACAACUCAUGAACUUUAUCGCAGAAUUCAAAGAAAUGCAACAAGCAGUCAUGCAGUCCACAACACCACCAGACAUUUCAUUCGACGCCCCUAUCCCGCAAUCCAGCGGCUUGACCGCCACAUGGCGUCGCUUGACGCAGGAGGUUGACAGCUGGCGCUCUGCUCUUCCAGACUCGUUCCAGCCAUACCUGAUCCUUGAAAAUCCCCGCGACUUGUCGUCUUCGUCACCCGCCGCCCCUUUCCCCGAAUUAGUGUUCAGCACCUCAUCUCACGCCUCAACAAUCGCACACUACAAUUUCGCACGCAUAAUCCUGCUUCUGAACCGCCCUCAUGAUGCUCAAAGCACCCCGCGUGACCGCCUCCUAGGCUACCGAGAAGUCACCAAAGAAGUCGACGGCUGCGUGCGCGAAAUCGCCGGGAUUGCGUCUGCAAAGCCGCAUGCCGCUACUCAAACGUAUAUGCUUCAGCCGUUGUUUGUGGUCGGUCAAUGCGACGAUCGACCGGAAGCGCGCCGGAAGGUUGUCGAGCUGAUACGAGAGAUGCGGACGGAGUUGGGUUGGGAAACGGAGUAUCGAGUUGCGCAAAUACAAGCACUGCGGGAUCGGGCUUGA